CUGUCGACGAAGCAGCAGAUAAAGAAAGGAAGGCACUUUUGAGUGUCAUGGAUUUUGGAGGACAGUGUGCAUACUACGCCUGUCAUCAGGUCUAUCUCAGCAGAAGAGCUUUCUAUCUACUGGUGAUAGACAUGUCAAAACCGUUUGAUGAGAAAGUUGACCCAUCGCUGUGUGAACAAGAGGGGACUAUGUUUGCUGACUGGACAUAUGGUGAGUACAUCCUAUUUUGGCUGAAGUCUGUCCACACCUAUUGUGAAAGUAAUGCUCCAGUUGUCAUCAUAGGAUCUCAUUUUGAAAAAGUCAAAGGCCAGAAUUCUGAUACGUUCUACAACAAAAUACUGGAUCACCUGCAGUUCAACAAACAUUUGAAGGGACACUUGGACCGGAAGAGGUGUUUUGUUCUUGGUUUCCAUACAGAUGGUACACCUUUUUAUGAUACACUUUCUGACUUAGAAAAGUGUAUUAUUGAAAUUGCAAGAGAAGAAAAAUGGAAAGAAAACAUCCCCAACGACUGGGCUUUAUCUGAGGUUGUUUUUCGAGAAUUGAGAAAAGAAAGUUCAAAAAUGAUAUCGUUCGAGGAAUUAUCCAAAAAGUGUUAUGGCAGAAAUAAAGCAAAAAGUGCGCAAAUGAGAGACGUCCUGAAAUUUUACCAUGAUACAGGGGUCAUUCUUCACUUUAAUGAGGGUGCACUUUCUGACACUGUAAUUCUUGAUAUCCAGUGGUUCAUUGAUUCCUUCAAGAAUAUCAUCACAGACCCAAAUCAUGUCAGGGAUGUUGUACAAAACAGGCGUGAUUGGUUAGAUUUUUACAAAAGUGGUCAUUUAUCAGACACACUGUUAACCAACAUAUGGAAAUUGAGAAACUUUUGGAAUAGAAACAAGUACAAAGAAGACCUUCUCCGAUAUAUGGAACGCCUUGGUUUAAUUGCUGUUGGCAGAGUUGCUCAUUAUAUACCUUGUACGAAUAAGCGUACAUUUGGAUGUGCUGAGGAAAACUAUUUCCACUCUUUGGAAUACAAAACGUCUGUGUUGGUCUUCCGAUUUGAAUUCCUGCCAUAUUUUUUCUACUUCCGUCUGAUCGUUUCCUGCUUGAAAAGAACCAACAGAGAAUGGAGAGUUUUACAAGACAAAGGACUUUGCCUUUACAAAAACGUUGCAUGUUUUGCGUAUAAGCAACAUGCGGUAGCUUUGGCCGUGAACCCUUCCUCCAUACAACUUCAGGUUUUUCAACCAACAAAUACUCUGGUUUCCAAAAGAGUUGUGUUGGAAGUUCCAGGAAGUGUUUCAUGA